GGCGAAGCUAAAGGGAAUUCGUUAACAAAGUAAUUGCGACAAACAAAGAUUUUGUUGACACGCCGUAAAAAGUAACUGUUACAACAGAUGCGCCGAAAGUGUACUCUCAUAGUCUCUUAUGGUUACAUAGCUCGAGCUUUAAAAUAGGAUUAUUAACGAUGCGAGCCGCUGACCUCUGAGUUUGCUGUUUGCUCAAAACAUCAUUUUGUUAAUAGUACAUACCAAAUUAAACCUCGAAGUCUCUAAUACUCUUUAUUCGACCUGUGCCGUUGCCACAAGCAGUGCUCUAUGGUUUAGCGGCAAGCUUACGCUUGUAUAGAGUGCAUCGGAAUUAACAAAAUGUCAGCACAGAUACAAACCAGUAAGUGGAUGCUGCCGUAAAGGGCCGGGAUAUCCUUCACCAACGGCGGCUAUGAAGGGUCCCCGUGAGAAGAUCAUGUACGUUCCCUGUAUUGUACCGAAAAAAGAUCGACCAGACUAUUUGGCUGUGAUAGACAUUGAUCCAGAGUCAAAUAAUUAUCUCAAGGUGAUUCACCGAAGUUCUGUUCCAUAUCUGGGCGAUGAAGUUCACCAUAUGAACUGGAAUACCUGCUCUUCGUGCUAUAACGACUCCUCGAAGCAACGGGACAAACUCAUUCUGCCGUGUUUGCUGUCUAAUCGGAUUUACACCUUUGAUCUCUCCAAGGAUCCUCUUGCACCGCUGUUGUUUGCGGUGGUAGAACCUUCUGAAAUGGCUGCUUUAGGCGUGUCUUCGCCACACACGCCGCAUUGCCUUCCUGGAGGAGACAUUCUAAUUAGCACGAUGGGUGAUAAGGAGCGCAACGGACAGGGCAGCUUCGUUCUUUUGGACGGUAAGACGUUCAAACCUAAAAGGACUCCGGGUCCGGGCGCGGAACAGGCUGGACUAUGGGGCAACAAGAAAACGCCUUUCGGAUACGAUUACUGGUACCAGCCGCGCCACAAUGUGAUGGUCAGUUCUGAGUGGGGCGCACCGAGAGUCUUCGAAAACGGCUUCAAUCCUGCUCACCUCGUGGUGUCUGACGUUAAAGAUGAGAAAUAUGGCCGGCGACUUCAUUUCUGGAACUAUUCAACUGGUGAACACCAGCAAAGCCUCGAUCUGGGUGAAGAAGGCUUUAUGCCUUUAGAAACACGUUUCCUGCAUAAUCCGGACAAGGCCGAAGGAUACGUUGGCUGCGCCAUCACAAGCACCGUAUUCCACUUUUGUUGCAAAAAGGAAUCAAUGGAAACAUGGACUGCCACAAAGGUUAUUUCCAUACCACAUGUUAAGGUUAACGGAUGGUGUCUUCCGGAAAUGCCUGCAGUAAUUACUGAUAUUUUGAUAUCCCUCGAUGAUCGAUUCCUCUAUAUCAGUUGUUGGCUUAUAGGAGAAGUACGUCAGUAUAACAUUGAAGAUCCGGCUAAUCCAAAGCUGGUUGGGCUGUGCCAACUUGGUGGCUGUAUCCGGGCUAACGUCACUUGUGAGGAUGGAUUUCAGCCGUCCCAACCCCGUUUUGUCGGUAAGGAGCUUCGAGGGGGUCCACAAAUGCUGCAACUAUCUUUGGAUGGAAAACGGCUUUAUCUUACGACCUCGCUAUUUUCAAGGUGGGAUGCUCAAUUUUAUCCCGAGAUGAUCGAGAACGGUUCUAUGAUGGUGAGACUGUUGGUUGAUACUGACCACGGCGGACUUCGCGUCGAUGAGGACUUUUUGGUGGACUUUGGUGAUGAGCCUGAAGGACCUGUUCUUGCCCAUGAAUUACGUUAUUUUGGGGGAGAUUGUUCAUCUGAUAUUUGGCUGUAACUCUUUGGUAUUUUGGAGCUACUAUUGAUAAAUUUAAAGAUUAAUCAAAAUGAUGUUUUAUUCUAAACCUUCGCAUUAAACGAAUAAAGUCAGAGACACUUAUAAAUGAAAUUGUUUUCCCGCAGAUAGUACCAUCAGACCUUAUUGAGCCGCGGAAGAGUGAUAGCCGAAAGCCAGAUAUAAGCGAAACCCAAAAACGUUUCUUUGUUCUAUAAAACAUACAAAGUUUUCUUGCCUGUUAGAGAAUAAUGCGGUAUUGGUUUGUAAAGUUCUGGAACAUCAUUGAUCUAGUGCAUCACCAAAUGGACAAAUUGGAUGGACCUAGUUCACAGAUUUGACGCUUAAAGGAUUUACAUAGAGCCACAUUCCUGUAUCCCGGCAGUCCUAUAUGCAGUGUACAGAUCUCAACAAAGUUAACUUUUGUCAGCCGUCUGUGACCAAAGCAAUACAUAAUUCCUUUCCCAAGGUAGCAAAGUAAUGGAAUUUUCUAGAAAAAUAAAACAUAUUUUAAUUGAUUUAGUGA